AUGAGCCGGAGGGCCAAGCCAGGGGUCCGGGGGCAGCCGGACAACGUGCCCUCCUCCUUACUCAAAGACCACGAGAACCAGCAAGUGUUCGAACUCUUGGGCAGGAAAUGCACGACCAUGGUCACAACCGUGGCCCAGCUGUUGUUGGCUUUGCCCCAGAACACCCGACUCUGGUCCAAGCAAGGCUGUGGAGUCCUGUGCUUCGUGAAGGAUAACCCCAGGCGUUCAUACUUCAUCCGCUUCUACGAUCUGAAGGAGAGGAAGAUGAUCUGGGAACAGGAACUGUUCAACCAACUCGUCUACACUGCCACUACCUCUUACUUCCACACCUUCCCAGGAGAUGAGUGCCAGGUGGGGCUCAGCUUUGCCGACGAGGACGAGGCAUUUGACUUUCAGCAAACAGUGGAAGAGAAGAUCCAGAAGAGGAUCCAGAGGAUAGAAAAAAGAGAACUACCUCUUCCGCCACCUCCGGUCAAUGAAGAAAGAAGAGUAACCCUUCCUCGGAGUCCACCUUCUGGAAGUGACUUGAACGGGCCUGGGAGGCAGCCCGUCUCCCCACCAUCGGCUCUGCCCCUGGCAACUGUUGACAUCCAGAAUCCGGAUAUCACCUUUUCCCGGUACCGUGGACUCCCUGUUCCUACAGCAGUGGAUAAAAAGAAAGGGAAAAAGAAGAUUUCCAAGGCUGACAUUGGAGCUCCCAGUGGGUUCAAGCACAUCCAGCACAUCGGUUGGGAUCCAAACAGUGGAUUUGACGUGAACAACUUAGACCCCGACUUGAAGACGCUCUUCUCCCAGGCGGGGAUCAGCGAGGCCCAGCUGACCGAUGCGGAGACCUCCAAGAUCAUCUACGAUUUCAUCGAAGGCCAAGGAGGACUGGAGGCGGUGAAGGAGGAGCUAAGAAGGCAGGGUCCGACGCACCCCCCACCCCCACCCCCAAACCGAUCUGGCCCCCUCCCCCCACCACCUGGACAUUCCCGGGCGGGCCCUCUCCCACCUGUCCCAGGCCCGCUACCAGGCGCUCCGCCCAUAUCGAACAGGGGGACGGUCCCGCCACCCCCACAACCCUCUCGGGGAGCCCCCCACUCCCAGUGGGGGCCUCCCCCAUCCGCCCAUCGCUCGGCCCAACCUCCGCCGCCCCCUUCUGGGUUGGUCCCGCCCCCACCGCCUCCCCCACCGCCUCCCCCACCUCCCUCCCAGAGCUCUGGACCCUGUCCUCCACCCCCUCCCCUCCCUGGAGCGCUUGGUUCCACGGGGCCGCCGCCAUUGCCUCCUGCUGCCUCCUCAGGCCGUGGGGCACUGCUGGAUCAAAUACGCCAAGGAAUUCAACUCAAUAAGACGCCCGAUGUGUUGGACUCUCCACCAUCACCCGAACAAAGCUCUGAAGGCCUGGUGGGAGCUCUCAUGCAUGUGAUGCAGAAGAGAUGCAAGGUUAUCCACUCCUCAGACGACGAUGAAGAUAAUGGCGUCGAAGAUGAUGACGAUGAGUGGGAUGACUGA